AUGGCCAGGCCGGGAGCAUCGCCCCACGUCUGGGGGUGGCUGAUGCUCGGCGGCUGCCUUCUCGCCGGAGCCCAGCUGGAUUCUGAUGGCACUAUUACGAUAGAGGAGCAGAUUGUCCUUGUGCUGAAAGCUAAAGUACAGUGUGAGCUCAACAUCACAGCUCAGCUUCAGGAAGGAGAGGGAAAUUGUUUCCCAGAAUGGGAUGGACUCAUUUGUUGGCCCAGAGGAACAGUGGGGAAAAUACUGGCUGUCCCGUGCCCUCCUUAUAUUUAUGACUUCAAUCAUAAAGGAGUUGCUUUUCGACACUGUAACCCCAAUGGAACAUGGGAUUUUAUGUACAGUUUAAAUAAAACAUGGGCUAAUUAUUCAGACUGCCUUCGCUUUAUGCAGCCAGAUAUCGGCAUAGGAAAGCAAGAAUUCUUUGAACGCCUCUAUGUCAUGUACACAAUUGGAUAUUCUGUCUCCUUCAGUUCCUUGGCUGUGGCUGUUCUCAUCAUUGGCUACUUCAGACGAUUACAUUGCACACGGAACUAUAUCCACAUGCACUUGUUUGUGUCUUUCAUGCUGAGAGCUGUAAGCAUCUUUGUCAAGGACAAAGUGGUCCAUGCUCACAUAGGAGUCAAGGAGCUGCAGUCCCUGUUGUUGCAGGAUGACCUACAAAGUUCCAUAGAAAUGCCUUUUGUGGACAAAUCACAAUAUAUUGGGUGCAAGAUUGCUGUUGUUAUGUUCAUUUACUUCUUGGCUACAAAUUACUAUUGGAUCUUGGUGGAAGGUCUCUACCUGCAUAGUCUAAUCUUUGUGGCAUUCUUUUCGGACACCAAAUACCUGUGGGGCUUCAUCUUGAUAGGCUGGGGGUUCCCAGCAGCAUUUGCUGUGGCCUGGGCUGUGGCACGAGCAACUCUGGCUGAUGCAAGAUGCUGGGAACUUAGUUCUGGAAACAUCAAGUGGAUUUACCAAGCCCCAAUCUUAGCAGCUAUUGGGCUCAAUUUUAUUCUGUUUCUGAAUACUGUUAGAGUUCUGGCUACCAAAAUCUGGGAGACCAAUGCAGUUGGGCAUGACACAAGAAAACAAUACAGGAAACUCGCCAAAUCAACCCUGGUCCUUGUGCUGGUCUUUGGAGUGCACUACAUCGUGUUCCUGUGCCUGCCGCACUCCUUCACGGGGCUGGGCUGGGAGGUCCGGAUGCACUGUGAGCUCUUCUUCAACUCCUUUCAGGGAUUCUUUGUGUCUAUCAUCUACUGCUACUGCAAUGGAGAGGUUCAGUCUGAGGUGAAGAAGUUGUGGAGUCGGUGGAACCUCUCCACCGACUGGAAAAGGACGCCCCCCUGCGGCGGCCACAGGUACGGCUCCGUGCUCACCACGUUGACCCACAGCACCAGCAGCCAGUCGCAGGGGGCGGCCAGCACUCGCCUGGUGCUCAUCUCCGGCAAAACCCCCAGGACAGCCGGCCGCCAGCCCGACAGCCACGUGACUUUACCCGGCUACGUGUGGAGUAGCUCGGAGCAGGACUGCCAGCCACACCUGAUCCGUGAGGAGACCCAGGAAGGGAGCGUGAGGCUGCGAGAGGAGAUUCCAAUGGCGGAGUCCCCCCGGCCACUGGAAUGUAACCCAGACCCGGAAGGAAGCAGAGGAGAAACAGAGGACGUUCUCUGA